AUGAGUGAGGAAGCCACGAAUAAACCGACGUCUGGUGUCGUGUCCUUCCUAACCGGUGGAUUCGGCGGCAUGUGCCUCGUGGCAACAGGUCACCCUCUGGACCUCAUUAAGGUUAACAUGCAGACGCAACCAAAGCCUCUGCUCGGUCAGGCGCCCAUGUACACGAAUGCUAUCGACUGUGCUCGAAAAAUGAUUGCUAAGGACGGGAUUCGUGGCUUGUACCGUGGCAUGUCGGCACCGCUAGUGGGUGUCACUCCUAUCUUUGCUACGUGCUUUUGGGGCUACGACAUGGGCAAACUUAUUGCGAUUAAGGCGUCGAACCAGUCGCCAACGGCACCUUUAUCUAUGGGGCAGAUCAUGUUUGCAGGCGGAUUUUCAGCCAUUCCGGCUACUGUGAUCAUGGCACCUGGUGAGCGCAUCAAAUGCUUGCUUCAGAUCCAAGCACAGGCCGUGGAACGUGGUGAACCUAAGCUGUACAAUGGCAUGGUUGAUUGUGCCAAGAAACUGUACCGCACGGGCGGUCUAUCAAGCAUUUUCCGUGGCUGGGAAGCAACUUUGCUGCGUGAUGUGCCAGGCUCUGUGGGAUAUUUUGGUGGUUUUGAAGCAAUUAAACGUGGUCUUACGCCCAAAGACAAGAAUCCAUCCGACUUGAAUGCGUUCCAUGUGUUCGUGGCUGGUGGCUUUGCGGGAGUUAUCAACUGGGUCAUUGCUAUUCCUCCUGAUGUGAUCAAGUCACGCAUUCAAACCGCGCCAGAAGGCACGUACCGCGGCAUUGUGCAUUGUUUUCAGGUACUCAUGAAACAAGAGGGACCUGGUGCGCUUUUCACCGGCGUAGGGCCUGCGAUGGCUCGCGCAUUUCCUGCCAAUGCCGCCUGUUUCCUGGGCGUAGAAUUUUCGAAAAAGUUCCUCGGGUUUUUAGGUUUCUACUAA